CCUGCCCCCGUCAGCCACCUUCCAAAGGAGCAAACAUAUAAUCCAUAGUGGCAACAAACAGCCAGGAGAGGAAGGCCAUUCCGACGCAGGCGAGGAGAAUACCAGCUACUGCCGCACCGGCCUCUCUCACGACAGCCUCCUCCCACGUUUCUGCAGCCCUCGCAUCCACACCAGACAGACAUUGCACGAGCAAACUCACCAAUGAACCCCUGCAGGAGUGCGUGCGUGUGGCGUGUCUGCGUGCCUUUGGUCUGCUGCAGGGUGAGGCGUCUUUUGGUCUCCUUGAGUCCCUGGAACUUGUUGAACUCGGCCAUGAAGCGAGCAUUCUCUUCGAAGGUCCGCAGCCUCCGGUCCACCUCAGCCAUCCGCUGCUCACCUGAUUGCUGCACAGACAGACAGACAGACAGAUAGCCAUUCAUCAGAGUGCAUGUGUGUGUGGCGACAUAGAUGUCAUUCAGUCACCUUGGUUGGCGGUUGGUGGCUCUCAUCUGAGAGGCCAGAUCUGUGUGUUUGGUGGCGCGGGAGAGGCGGACGGGCGGCGCGACAAAGGCGGACACCGCGAUGGCCGGCAGCCCUCCGUUGUCAACAGAAUAAGACACACGACUAACACCGUCGCUGAUGAGGGCAUAAUGCUGGAGUUGAUGCUGCGCUUCUUGUGCAUGGCGUGCUGGUGCUCCCGGCGGGCACGUUGUCGGUCCCUUUGCUGCCUCUUCUCGAGCCGCUGUUUGGCGCGGUUGAACUCAUCCUCCAUUGCCGACAGCGGUGCGGUAGCUGCCGCACACGAGAUCCAAGGCCUUCCUGUGACGGGAUGGACGUCGG